AUGGUGGCAGUUGCCAGCAUGUCUUCGAAAAGGGAGGCGCUCGACGUCAUGGGCCAUGAACAGGCACUCCUGAAGAGCAUCUGGCCCAUCACGUCGAGGGCCUCCCUCUUUGAAGACAUGCUGGUCCCGUCAGCAUCCGCAACCCCCACCCCCCCCCGCAUGUGCCACCCUGCAACACACGACGCAGUUGACUUGUGGAACCGACAGUAGGGGACUGUCUGGAAGAGCUUGCUCUUCCCGACAAGAACGUGCAGGUGUCGCCAGGAGCGCGCGUGUGCGACGGCUUCAGGGUGAUCGGACGAGCCAUGUACACAUGCGCAGGCAAGGUUCGGAGCACCUUCGAGGGGUAGUUUAAUUUUGCUUUGGGACGGUUGAUGGGUGGUUUGAUGGUGCUCUUGAGAUGAUUGAGGGAUGAUUCGAUGGCGAUCUUGGGACGAUCGGGGGACGGUGCUCGUAUGCCUUCGAUCGAGCACAGAACGCCGUUCAGCCCAAGCCCAUCCCCGCUGUCUCUUCCGCCCCCGGAGCCGACGUCGCCUGCGUCGGAGGUACGGACAUCACGUGUUUGCACGUGCUUUUACAUUUUUCGGCGAGGUUGUCAGCUCUUGUUCGUACGUGUCCUCACAGAUCUCGCUCUCUCUCUGAUUUUUGGAGCUCGCGGGAAAGCAAGGGGACGGGUUGCAAAACGUCUGGUGUAAAUGGUCCACUG